UUUUCACUUCUCGUUCAAAUCCCGCGCCUCACAGUCUCGUGAGAUUUCUGAAAGUUUACUAGCGACCAAACUUUCCGGACUGAAAUAAGUGACUUUUUCGCAAAUACCGAACGAAAUAUAUACACAAUGAUAUAAGAGCGAGAAGCAGUAGUACUUACCCUAACGAGUGUAAGAAUGCUGGAGCUCAAAAAUGAAGUAAAAGAGGAAAAAUCAGUUGGAAACAAUAUCUUUGUAAAUGCGCUGAAUCCAAAUUUUGACCAAGUCUGAUUAUGCCGCUGAAUAAAGGACGUCACAUGUAUUGCUCAUAACUUCAUAAGUAAGAAGCACUAGCAGUAUGUAUAGGAAGUAUUACAGAAACAGCAAAACAGCAAAGGAGAAGGCCAGUGAUGAGUCACAAUCUAAAGCAGACCACAUAUUUGCGGAGCAUAAGUUGCACCAAGCAGCAAAAGAGAGGCAAAUUAAAGACCAGAGGAAGCAAUACAAUGAACAGCUUCAAGCCAAGAUUCUUCAGAGAAAGAGGGAACAGGCAAAGCAACGUGAAGCACAUAGCACAGCAAGCGAUGAAAAGCCCAAAGAAUUGGCACCUCAACUCAAGAUUAAGUUAAGAUGUGUGCUACAGGGUGACCCAUUUGAAGAAGUUGAAGAAAACUCAAAGAUAGUUCGAGUUUUCACUAGCUCAACUUUUAAAGAUACUUCAGUUGAGCGUAAUGAGCUUAUGCAGAAUGUCUACCCUCAAUUAAAGGAGUUCUGUCAUCGUCAUGGCAACUAUGAGUUUCAAGUGGUGGACAUGAGAUGGGGGGUGCGUGAUGAAACUGCGGAUGAUCACAUGACUGGCGAACUGUGUCUGAAAGAGCUGCAGCAAUGCCAGGCAAAAUCUACUGGACCUAAUUUUGUUACAUUCCUCUCAGCAAGAUAUGGAAGCAAAUUAUUGUCCAAUAAACUGGAGUCUUCGUUAUAUAAUGCAUUAGCUAACACUUUGAAGGAAGAGGAUGUGGAAUUUCUCAAUAGUUGGUACAAAGAGGAUACAAAUACAGUACCACCUACAUUCAUACUUCAACCAAUCAGCUCACGGUAUCCGCAUUACUAUGACAACACAAAUAAAGAAAAAUCAAAGGAUGCUAGAAAUGACUGGUGGUUGGAUUCAGUCAGAUUACGUAGCAUACUAUUUAAUGCAGCUGAGCAGGUUUAUUCAUCUGAUCCUACCAAGUAUCACCCCUUCAGGAUGUCAGUUACUGAAGCUGAAAUAGAGAAUGGACUACUGACAGCAAAGGAUCCAAGCAGCCAUUGCUUCUGGUUUAAGAGAGAUCUGAUUGGCUUAGACCCACGCAAUAAAUCCAAGAUGGCUGGUUUCUACUCCGAUAAUUCCGGGGAAGAAGAGGAAGUGAAAUUAGCUGGAAAAUUAAUGGAUGAUCUGAAAACUAAAAUAAUUUCCAAAAUCCCAAAGGAGAAUAUCAAAGAAUACCCAGUGCAAUGGAGAGAUGAGGGUAUCACAUUAGCAGAUACUUCACACAAGGCAUAUGUGGAGCAAUUCUCAAGAGAUUUCCAAACAGCCAUGCAAGAUAUGAUUCUAAAGGGUAUUGAGGACAGGAUGCUCUCCAGUAUAUCGGACACCACAUAUCUGGAAGUGGCACACCACAUAAAGUUUUGCCAAGCAAAAUGCUCACAGUUCCAAGGCAGGGAUUUCGCUUUACAUAGCAUCGCUGACUAUAUCACCAGUAGUAAUACUCAGCCAUAUGUCCUGUAUGGUACAUCAGGGAGCGGGAAGACUUCUAUAUUGGCAAAAGCAGCACAAACUGUAUGGCGUAAACUUGAUGGAUAUGCUUGUCUCAUUCUAAGGUUUCUAGGGACAACACCAGAGAGUUCUAAUGUAGGCUCACUGCUGACAUCUAUUGAGAACCAGCUGAAGGCCAACUACAGGGCAAAAUCUCAAGAUGGCAUUGGUGCAUUGUUGGGGAUCAUACCUAAUAAGGAAUCUCACUCGCUGACAGACAUACUUCAGUCCUUUGAGAUUCCACCCUCAAAACCAGCACUCAUAUUCUUGGACUCAUUAGAUCAACUGUCGGCCGAGAACAAUGCCCGGCAAUUGAAAUGGUUGCCAAAGGUGUUGCCGGAAAAUGUGAAAUUGAUUCUGUCAACAUUGCCUGAGAAACAAUAUGGCUGUUUGCCUGUACUGAAGGCUCAUAUAAAGCAGACUGAAAACUUCUUUGAGGUGACUCAUCUGAAACCUGAAAUGGCUCAGGAAAUUUUGAAGAGCGGAAUGAAUUGUUUAAAUCGACAGUUAACCCCUGAACAAUUGAAUCUGGUGAUAACUACACUCCAGUCAAAUGAAGACACUCUAACACCUUUGUAUGUGAAGAUAUGCAUCGAUGAGGCUGCCUUGUGGAGAUCUUACACUGCCUUAGAUGAUUGCAGAUUGCAGUCUACCGUACAAGCUGCUAUAAACGCCCUAUUUGAUCGCAUUGAGAGACAACAUGGUAAAACAUUAGUGAGCCAUGCACUGGGUUACCUGACAGCAAGCAAGAAUGGUUUAUCGCACGCGGAAAUGGAGGACUUGCUUUCUUGUGACGAGCAGGUAUUAUCAGAUGUUUACCAAUACUGGACGCCAUCUAUCCGCCGUCUGCCACCUUUGUUGUGGAUCAGAAUAUUCACAGACCUGAGUCAGUAUCUAACCAUGCAGCAAGCUGAUGGUGUACAGGUGAUCCACUGGUACCAUAGACAGUUCAUUGAGACAGCCACUAAGAAGUUUCUACAUGAUAACAACCCAGCAUUUGGCCAACCAAAGCAGUUCCAUGGUUCUAAGACAAGCUAUUUACACGAGAACCUGGCAUAUUUCUUUCUUGGCACAUGGGCUGGAGUAAGCAAGCCAUAUAAAAACAAAGAUGGCGCCAUUGUUGAGGCAGAUCGCUACUUGUCACCACAGCCAAUAGAAUACCAGCCAGGUGUUUUUAACCUUCACAAGUUAAGUGAAUUGCCCUACCAUUUGUUACACGCUGGACCUAAAAUGCUGGACGCACUCAAGUCAGAGGUCAUACUCAAUUUCAGCUUUCUUCUAGCAAAGAUUAAAGCUCAGGGUUUGAGCUCAGUUCAAGAAGAUCUUGUCAAUGCAGCAGACACAUACUCCCAGGAUGCAACUAUUCAAGUGGUGACAGAGGUCAUUAAGCUAUCCCAUGAUGCUUUGCAAGCAGAUCCUAACCAAUUAGCCGCACAAAUGAUGGCUCGGCUUCAGUAUAGCAAGAAUAAAGAUGGCAGUGACAAUCAAACAGACAUCAACACUCUGCUUAAUGGUGCAGCCAAUCACAAGUCAGAAGGCAUACUUUAUUCUUCUGGAGUGUUCUUAGCGCCACCUGGUGGACCGAUUCGUUGCUCACUUUCCACGGCCAAAGGAAAAAUUGCCCUGUAUGGCAUGAGCACAUCUAAAGAUGAGAGAUACAUUCUGUUGGGUCUGAAUGAGCCCAGCACUAUACAGCUAUGGGAUGCCAAGUACAGUCAAUUGAUACAUCAGAUUGACAGCCAGAUGUUCCCUGCGGGUGCUUACAUCUCACAAGUGCUCCUUUGGGAUAACUCAUAUAUGGUGGUGUCUUACAAGGGAGGAGUGAAACUAUUCGACUUCCAGACAGGGGAGGAAAGCCAUACUAUCAGUGACAUCAACCAGUCCUGUGCCCCUGGCCUCACUUUCAUCAUAUACAAUGGAGAACCUUCCAUUGCUGUGUAUGACGCUUCUAAGGUGAUCAUCUACAAUAAUGAGAUGGUGGAAACGCUAGAAUUGAACAUCCCGGAACUGAACCAAUCAGAGGUCAACGAACAAACUGUGCCAAUGAUCAAAGCAUUUGCGUCCUCGAUCAUCUGUGAAGUUGGAAAAAACACAAUGGUCAUCUUAGACCUGAGGACGUAUAACACAGCACAUGUAAAAUUAUUCAAAAUUGAUGUGCUUGUAUCUAUGGAUGGUGCAAUCGGUGAUAUCUUCCCACUGCCCACAGGGGAGAUUCUGGUUACGAGUACAAUGUCCCAGACAGAGUUUGAAAUAUAUGGAUUGGCAACAGGAGAGCUGAUUGAAAAAGUGUCUUUGGAGAAGGUGUCUUACUCUCAUGGCCAGGUGACAAUGACACAAGACAGCAGAUAUAUCAUCAUAACUGAAGAUGUAAGAGUGGAGUUAUGGGACUGGCAAACUAAGGAACUUGCCCAUGUUAUUACUCAUAAGAGGCCCAUCUCGUCAGCUGAAAGCCAAACUGGGGAAUUUGUUACAAUGCUGGACUUUGAUGCGAGUGCAGCUCAUACAUUAUCUCAGUGGAAUAUCAACAAUCUCAAUGCCAACCAACUUGAGGAUGACGUGUUUCAACUUGGGUCUGUCAAUACUGAAAGAUCUGUUCCGCACUUAUUCUUGGUAGAAGACAGGAAUAGCCAGCUUGACAUGUGCAUGUGGCGUGUCAUGAACAGCCAAAUGAAAGAAAUUGGGGAGAUCAAAACAGAAAAGGAUGCAUCUGUGAUAAUCGUAGAUGAAACCGUAGCGAUAGUGUACCAUGAGGCUGUAAUUAAGCUUGUGCUCAUCAAAGAUUCAUACGUCAUACACACGAUAGCCAAAGAUGUUGAUUAUUUAUGGAAGAACAUAAUCGAAGUUAAUGGCAACCAGUGUGUCAUCACAAUCUCAAAAAACACCAUACUUAUCUAUGACAUCAUCAAUUGUGACAUCAUCAGGUCAUGUGACUCAGCUGGGGACAAUAAAAUCAGAACUCUAAUAUCGAAUCCAACGGGAAGUCUAUUGAUAUGUAGUUUCGCAAAAUACACUGGCUCCAUGCUAACAUUUGAUAUAAAGGGAGAUGCUACAACAUUCUUACGCCCAUCUGAGGAAGAUUACGAUUAUGACUUAUCGAUCGAUCUUGCGACAUUGUCAUAUGAUGGGAGAUUCCUUGCAAUGAUCAGUGAGAGGGUGACUGAUAAUAGAUCUAAAGGAAUACCUAACAUCUCGCUACCAGGAUUGGUUGUAUGGGAUUUGAAACAAGGUAAAAUUGUGCACAAGCUUCAUCUCCCAGAGUAUGCCAAGCUGAAUCACGAGCUACACUUUACUAGCCAGGGGGCGCUACUAGUCCACAGUCAGGCCCAGUCUGUCAAAUAUGAGAGUGACAUCUUUACACACCUCUGGACCUUAGAUGAAGUGAAGUGCACUGCAAAAUGGAAGAAAGCUGGUCAUCAAGUUGUUGCACUGUCAGAUAGUAUCAACUAUGCCCUUAUGUACCAGAGCACUACAAAGUUACUCUAUCUGCAAGACAUCCAUAAAGACAAGACUCUUGGAGCCAUAUACAUUGACAGGAUGCAAGAUGUAGAAUCCAGCUGUAUACUGCAGACUAACAAUGAGGUGAAAGGAAUUGUGAAUACACUGCAUGGUCCAGUACUUCUUGAAACUAUUUAGACUCAAGACAAUGCACGAUUCAGUUAGGCGCAGGUUCAGCUGACAAUGCAUAGGCCAGUCCCUGGGGGGUUCACUCUAAAUAAUUUGGGUAG